ACACACAACUUUGAAUGGGUCAUUGGUAACCAGAACUUGAGCCCCGAUGGUGAAGUAACAAGAGAAGUCAUCACGAUCAACAAUGAAUGGCCCGCUCCGCAGAUCAGAAUAAACAAAGGGGACCGUGCUGUGAUCCACGUUAUCAACAACUUGAAAGAGGAUACCUCGCUUCAUUUCCAUGGGAUCUUCCAGAGAAACUCAAGUCAUAUGGAUGGUGCGACGAUGAUCUCACAGUGUCCUAUACCUCCGGGAGGUGAGUUCACAUACGAUUUCACGGUGCCUGAUCAAACAGGAACAUACUGGUAUCACAGUCACUCUGUUGCUCAGUACGGUGACGGCUUAAGAGGUGUGUUCAUUGUCGAAGACGGUGAUGAGAAUGAGCUCUACGAUGGAGAUAUGGCCAUUAUGCUCGCUGAUUGGUACCAUACUCCGAGCGCCAUACUAGUUGAACAGAUGUUUGCACAGGGCUCAAGAGGAGGGGAGCCUUCCAUCAAAUCGGGGCUGUUCAACGAGACUGAACGACAGAGCUUGUUUGUUCAGCCGGAUAAGACCUAUCUGAUUAGAUUGGUGAACGGUGGAAUGAGCGCAACGCAGUACUUCUACAUCGAAGACCAUACCAUAACCAUUGUGGAGGUUGAUGGUGUGAAAGUUGACCCUGUUGAGGUUGAGGCUGUACAGCUGGCGACUGGCCAGAGAUAUAAUGUUGUUCUGAAGACCAAAUCAACAAGUGAUCGUAACUAUGGAGUUGUCCAGAUUACAAACAUCAUGAUGAAUAAGAAGUAUACAACAAACUGGCUUGUGUAUGGUGAAAAAGAGCCAGAGCAAGAAGCCUCUGUUCAAGUCCGUAAGAGAGUUGGAGACUUGAACUUCUAUGAUGACAUUAAUCUGAGACCCUUGGGCUCCAUUGCAAAACUACCAGAACCUGAUCAUCGUCUAACGUUUGUCUACUCAUCGGACCAUUUCAACCAAUACGGCACGAAGUACUAUACAAUGAACUCUCACCCUCAUUUGUCUCCAAAGGUACCAACACUCCAUACCGUAUUUAGUGCAAACAAUGGUUCAAAAGCACUGGAUCCAAAGAUCUAUGGGGAGGGAACGAAUGCCUUCAUCUUGCAGAAGGACGAAAUUGUUGAAAUUGUGUUGAAUUCAGAGGAUCAUAUGCGUCAUCCUUUCCACCUACACGGCCAUAACUUCCAGAUCUUGACUCGUGGUGCCCAUGUCCAUUAUCGAGAAAUGCAGGAAUCACAGUUCCCAGAGUACCCUGCUAUUAGGGACACUGUUAACGUUCCAGGAAGUGGACAUGUUGUUUUGAGAUUCAAAGCUCAAAACCCAGGUGUUUGGUUUUUCCACUGUCAUACUGAAUGGCACGCAGUUCAAGGAUUGGGGGUUGUGUUUAUUGAGGCACCUGAUGUGAUGCUUGAGACCCAGACUCUACCACAGAUGAAUAAGGACCUGUGCGUUUCGUACGGUGCAAAGCCGAUGGGUAACGCUGCUGGCAACGAUGAUUUGGAUGAUUUAACUGGUGAGGUUAAAUGGCCA